UCUCACGAUGGUGUGUGCGUUUGACUGGGAGAGUGAAUGUUGAUACUGAUUGUUUGAGUUAAAGGGAAGCGUCGCUAGAGAGUCGGAGGCAGCGAGACCCGGACAGCUGAGCCGAUACCAGCAAGGUUUGACCCGGUUACGACCAAGCGACCCGUAUUUUCUUCGCUUUGGAACCGGACCCCCACGAUGACCCAGCCUCGGCCCGACGAGUUCAUUCCGCCCCCGGAAUGCCCAGUCUUCGAGCCUAGUUGGGAGGAAUUUGCCGACCCUUUUGCUUUUAUCAACAAAAUACGGCCUAUCGCGGAGAAAACGGGCAUCUGCAAGGUCCGCCCGCCGCCGGACUGGCAGCCUCCAUUCGCAUGUGAUGUGGACAGACUUCACUUCACCCCCCGAAUCCAGAGGCUCAAUGAAUUAGAGGCCCAGACAAGAGUCAAGCUGAAUUUCCUGGAUCAGAUCGCCAAGUUCUGGGAGCUACAGGGAUGCACGCUUAAAAUUCCUCAUGUAGAGCGGAAGAUUUUGGAUCUGUACCAGCUCAACAAGCUGGUGGCUGAUGAAGGUGGCUUUGACACGGUUUGUCGGGAGAGACGAUGGACCAAGAUUGCUCUGAAGAUGGGCUUUGCUCCUGGGAAGGCAGUGGGCUCUCAUUUAAGGGCACAUUACGAAAGGAUUCUGUACCCUUACAACCUGUUUCAGACUGGAGCCAACCUUCUGGCACCUGAGCUAUCUUCCAAACUGAUGCAUUUAGGGGCUGUUCCAGAUCUGGAUAAGUGCAUCCAGAAGCCCACCCUGACCAACGACACCAAGGACAAGGAGUACAAGCCCCACGACCUGGCCCAGAGGCAGUCCGUCCAGCUGGCGGAGACCUGCACGCCCGCCCGCAGGGCCAAGCGCAUGAGAGCAGAGACUGGCUGUGUGAAGACUGAGCCCGGAGAGCCGUGUGAGAACAGACCCAACCUGCGGAGGAGGAUGGGGUCUUUUGUGGCUAAACCUGAGCCAGAGAAAGAAAUUCCUAUUCAGGUGAAACAGGAGGCGGUGGAGAGUAAAGAUGUGAUGAGCGAGGCAGAGAAAGCCAAGCUGCGGAAUAAGAAGAACGCUCCAGCAGUGAGUAUAGUGGACCUGUACGUGUGUCUGGUGUGUGGCAGCGGCAGUGACGAGGACCGCCUGCUGCUGUGCGACGGCUGUGACGACAGCUACCACACCUUCUGUCUCAUCCCACCCCUCCAUGACGUCCCCAAGGGGGACUGGAGGUGCCCCAAGUGCCUGGCUCAGGAGUGCAGCAAACCUCAGGAGGCCUUUGGCUUUGAGCAGGCAUACAGAGACUACACUCUCCGGGCAUUCGGAGAGAUGGCUGACUCCUUCAAAUCGGAUUACUUUAACAUGCCAGUCCAUAUGGUCCCCACAGAACUAGUGGAGAAAGAGUUCUGGAGGCUGGUGAGCACCAUUGAGGAGGACGUGACAGUGGAAUAUGGAGCUGACAUUGCAUCCAAGGAGUUUGGGAGUGGAUUCCCCAUUAAAAAUGGCAGAAUUAAAGUGGCUCCACAGGAUGAGGACUACCUGAACUGUGGCUGGAACCUGAACAACAUGGCCAUGAUGGCUCCCUCGGUGCUGACCCACGUGACAGCCGACAUCUGCGGGAUGAAGCUGCCCUGGCUCUACGUGGGCAUGUGCUUCUCCUCCUUCUGCUGGCACAUUGAGGACCACUGGAGCUACUCCAUCAACUACCUGCACUGGGGUGAGCCGAAGACGUGGUAUGGAGCCCCGGGCUACGCAGCGGAGCAGCUGGAGGGCGUGAUGAAGAAGCUGGCCCCUGAGCUCUUCGAAUCUCAGCCCGACCUCCUGCACCAGCUCGUCACCAUCAUGAACCCCAACACGCUGAUGGCCCACGGCGUGCCCAUUUACCGAACCAACCAGUGUGCAGGAGAGUUUGUGAUCACCUUCCCCAGAGCCUACCACAGCGGCUUCAACCAGGGCUUCAACUUUGCAGAGGCGGUCAACUUCUGCACUGUGGACUGGAUGCCAUUGGGCCGGCAGUGCGUGGAUCAUUACCGGCUGCUGCACCGGUACUGCGUCUUCUCCCACGACGAGAUGAUCUGCAAGAUGGCGUUCAAGGCGGAUUCCCUGGAUGUGGUCUUGGCGUCGGCCGUCCAGAAGGAUAUGGCCAUCAUGAUCCGGGAGGAGAAGACCCUUCGGGACAAAGUCCGCAAGAUGGGGGUGGUGUGCUGUGAGCAGGCCGAGUAUGACCUCCUGCAGGACGACGAAAGGCAGUGUGCCAAGUGCAGGACCACCUGCUACCUGUCUGCUGUCACCUGCCCCUGCAGCCCAGGUGUGCUGGUGUGCCUCCACCACAUCGAGGACCUCUGCUCCUGUCCUGUCACCAACUACACACUGAACUAUAGGUUUACACUGGAUGACCUGCACCCCAUGAUGAAUGCUGUGAAGCAGCGUGCAGAAUCCUACGACGAUUGGGCCUCCAAGGUGACCGAGAUACUGGAGGCCAAACUGGACAAGAAGAGGAGCCUGGCGGUGUUCCGCUCACUGAUUGAGGAGUCGGAGACGAAGACGUUCCCAGACAACGACCUGCUGCGACACCUUCGCCUGGUGACUCAGGAUGCGGAGAAGUGCGCCUCUGUGGCUCAACAGCUGCUCAAUGGGAAGCGGCAGACCAGGUAUCGCUCUGGAGGAGGGAAGUCCCAGAACCAGCUGACCGUAGAGGAGCUGAAGUCAUUUGUCAGGCAGCUGUACAACCUACCCUGUAGCCUCAGCCAGGCACCGUUACUGAAGGACCUCCUGAACCGGGUGGAGGACUUCCAGCAGCACAGCGAGAAGGUGCUCGGAGAGGACACCCCCAGCGCGGCCGAGAUCCAGGGCCUGCUGGACGCCAGUGUGGAGUUCGACGUGGAGCUGCUGGAGGUCCCGCGGCUCCGCGAGAGGCUGGAGCAGGCACGCUGGCUGGAGGGGGUGGAGCAGGCCAACACCCAGCCCGCCAGCCUGUCCCUGGACGCCAUGAGGAGGCUGAUCGACCAGGGCGUGGGGCUCGCCCCACACCGCUCCGUGGAAAGGGCCAUGGCCCGCCUGCAGGAGCUGCUCACUGUGUCCGAGCACUGGGAGGACAAGGCCCGCAGCCUGGUCAAGGCCAGGCCGCCUCACUGCUUGGAGACUCUGGCUGCUGCCGUCCAGGAGGUGGAGAGCAUUCCUGCCUAUCUGCCCAACUGCAUCCUGCUCAAGGACUCUGUGAACAGGGCCAAGGAGUGGCUGGAGGAAGCCGAGGCACUCCAGCUCGGCAGCCGGAUCCCGGUGUUGGACACCCUGUCUGACAUGGUGCUGCGUGGGCGAGCCAUCCCUGUGCAGCUGAGCCCCCUGUCACGGCUGGAGUCCCUGGUCUCCGAGGUGCAGGCCUGGAAAGAGUCCGCCGCUAAAACCUUCUUGAUGAAGAACUCCCCGUACUCACUGCUGGAGGUGUUGUGCCCCAGGUGCGAGGUUGGAACAGGGGCUCAGAAGAGGAAGAGUAAGAAGGCAAAGGACGCAGUUCAGUACAGCAAGAAGAAGACUGUGAAGCUGGACUGUCUGAGCGAUGUGGAGCGGGCGCUCUCUGAGAGCAAGGAUUCCGCUUCUGCUAUGGCCACCCUUGCCGAGGUGCGAGUGAAGGAGAUGGAGGCCCUUUCCGCCCUGCGGGCCGCCAACGAGUCCAAGCUGCUGCCCACGGCGGACUGCGCCGACCUCAAGGUGUGCGUAUGCCAGAGGGCCCCCGCGGGAGCCAUGCUGCAGUGCGAGCUGUGCCGUGACGCCUUCCACAGCGACUGCGUACCGGGGCCUGUGGAGCCGCGGGCCGCCCAGGCCUGGCUGUGCCCGCUCUGCCAGCGCUCGGAGAAGCCCGCCCUGGACAAGAUCCUGCCCUUGCUGGCGUCGCUGCAGCGCAUCCGGGUGCGCCUGCCCGAGGGCGACGCCCUGCGCUACAUGAUCGAGCGCACGGUCAACUGGCAGCACCGGGCGCGGCGCGUCACCUCUUCCUGCAAGUGGCCCGGGCUGCCGCACCGCUGGGCCUCCGCCAGUCACGCCCCUGAAGCCAGUGGAAAGCAAGCGAUGCACUGCCCAGGAACAGCUUCAUGUCUGACUCAGGAGUGGAACAAGACAGGCCCAUCUCAGACGGCCUUCUACACAGAGCAACGAUGCAUUCCUCUUCAGGGUCUGAGUCCUGAGUUGGAAGAGCUGAUGGUGGAGGGGCUGCUGCUACAGGUGUCUUUGCCUGAGACCCAGCAGCUCUACCACAUCCUGCUGAACGGACUGGCCACGCAGCAGACAGACGGUCACGCCUCACCACAGGGCUCAGACUGCGACAAACACAGGCAGCACAACUCUCAGGGAAGGAGCCCGCCACAAAACGAGGAUGGGGUCUCUAGUCUUAAGAAGGAAGCUGUGAACGGAGGGGCAGACAGAAAGGCCAAGCGUCGGCUGGAGAGGGAGGGCCCCGAAGGGGAGUGCAGGGAUCGUGUGAAGAAGCCCCAGAAGAAGAAGCCCAAACUGAAGCGGGAGAAGAGUCGGGACAGCAAGGCAGCCUCCGCCUCCCCCUCGCCCUCCCUGCCCUCGGACUUCUCCCCCUCCGAGGACUCAGAAGAGGACAUGGCCCUCUGUCCAGCAGAGAGGUGUCAGCAGCCUGAGGGAGACGAGGUCGACUGGGUCCAAUGUGACGGCAGCUGCAACCAGUGGUUCCACCAGAUCUGCGUGGGCGUGUCCGCCGAGCUGGCUGAGAAGGAGGACUAUAUUUGCGUCAGCUGUACUAUAAAAGACGGCCACAUGCGGAAAUGAGAAGAGAAGGAAGGUCUGGAAAGAAGACUGGCAAGGAA